AUGGGGGAUUUCAACUCAAUGCUUUUUCCCCAUGAUGGCUUGGGUGGUUCCUCUAGACGUAACUCAGAUAUGGAGGAAUUUCAUCUUUGUUUGGAAGAGGUAGAGCUUUUUGAUAUCUCGUAUCAGGGGUGCCAAUAUACUUGGACGCAGAAACCUUCUGAGGGUCAUGGUAUUAUGCGUAAACUUGAUCGUAUUUUGGGUAAUUCAGCUUUCAUUACUAGAUUUGGGGAUGCUUCGGUUUUCUUUGAACCACGGGGGAUCUCCGAUCAUUCUCCGGGAAUUCUUUCUUUCAAAGUUGGUAGGCGUCUUCGUCAACAUGGUUUCAAAUUUGAUAAUAUUGUGACAUCUCAUGUGGAUUUCAUUAACUCCGUGGCGGGGGUGUGGAUGAAACCUCAGCGAGGUUCUUAUAUGAAAAGAGUGCUUUGGAAACUCCAAGAGUUGAAAGGGGUUUGUCGUCGGCUUCGUAAUUCUUUUGGUUUUUUGGAUAAGAGGGUGGCUAGUUUAAAGACGAAACUUGAAGUUGCUCGAUUGGCUUGUGAUCUAGACCCCUUUAAUGAUUUGCUGAAAGAGGACAUGGCUCACCUCUUAUUAGCUUAUCAACAAGGUAGACAUGAUCAAAUGGAAAUGGUUCGACAAAAAGUAAAGAUUUCUUGGCUUAAUGAAGGUGAUGGAAAUUCUAAGUUCUUCUUUCAUGCUAUGCGAGAAAAACRUCAUAGGAGUCAUAUUSCUACUAUUACAGAUGCURCKGGUACGRUUUUUAUUCAUCAAGAGGUGCCUAAAGCUUUUGUUAACCAUUUUGAAGGUAUUUUGGGUACUUCUAAUAGUUUGGUUCAUCCUUCUAUGGAAGAUUGCUCCUUUGUUCGCUCUUUAUCAUUACCGGAAUCUCUGCAUUUAAUCAGACCUAUUACGGAUAUGGAGAUCCAGACAGCGCUGUUUGACAUUGGGAAUGAUAAGGCACCUGGUCCUAAUGGUUUCUCGUCAAAGUCCUUUAAAGCGGCUUGGAAUGUGGUUGGUAAGGAUGUUCUCAUUGCGGCUCAAACUGCAUUCAUUCCUGGUCGUCAGAUAACUGAUAAUAUUCUAAUGGCGCAUGAGCUUGUAGCUGGUUAUCAAAAACAUCAGGGGGAACCAAAGUGUGCUUUUAAGAUUGAUAUUCGYAAAGCAUAUGAUACCGUUGACUGGCAGUAUCUUCUGGGGAUGCUUAAGGGAAUGGGAWUYCAUCCAGUUAUGCUUAACUGGAUAAAAUCUCUAAUCACAUCGCCUACUUUCUCUAUAUGUGUUAAUGGACAACCGGAAGGUUUUUUUCAUGGAAAGCGGGGUCUAAGACAAGGGGAUCCUUUGUCUCCUUACUUGUUCACGGUGGUUAUGGAAGGUUUAUCGAUGAUUCUAACAAAAUGUAUUGAGGAGGAGGUUCAUUUUGCAUAUCAUCAAGGAUGUGCUGAGAUAAAAUUGACCCAUUUAUGUUUUGCGGAUGAUCUGUUUAUCUUUUCUAGGGGAGAUGCUCUUUCAGUUGAAGUGCUAAAACGAGCUCUCCAUUUGUUUGAAGAACGUUCGGGUCUGUCUCCAAGUCUUGAUAAAAGUGAAGUAUUCUUUGGGAAUGUGGGGUUGGAUGUCCAGAAUAUUAUUCGACGAAAGAAAAGGGCACAAAAUAGCUGUUUGUUGUUGUUGUCCGAAAUUAGAGAACAGCAUAGCAAACCGCUGUUUGCUGUUUCUGGUUCUUCGCUGCUGUCCGCUGCGCGCCCGACAGCAGUCUGCUGCUGCGUUGCCAACUAUUGCUUGAACAAGCUGCUACCUGCUGCUGCUGUGGGAGCACGAGACGAAACAAGAGGGUACUGCAGAGCUGCUGUCCAGCCAGACGCUGCACUGCUCCCCCUCGCUAUCGCUGCUGCUGUUUCUUGUUGUUGUCCGAAGGUAGAGAACAACACAGCAAACCGCUGUUUGCUGUUCUUGCUGCUGUCCGUUGUUCACCCAACAGCAGUCUACUGCUGCAUUCCGAUCGAAACCCCAAAGAAAGAACAGCAACCAGAUCUUCCUUUCUUCUAA